GUGACGUGAUGGGCGGUGUUGAGCCAACGACGACGCUUCGUCGGUGGGAUUAACGCCAAGCAAGGCUAAGCCUGUUUCGUCUAAGCGCGUGGAUAUCCGGCUUCUGAUAAGAUAAGAACUUUCCAUGUUUCUGCACGAAUUGCGGGCAAUCCCCACCUCUGCGGCAGAAAAAAAAGUUUAGGCGGGCGGUCAUCGUGAGAGUAGCUUUCAACUUCCUGAAGCGCUCUGGGGUACCAAUAACCUGAGCCGAUCAAGUCUUGCAGCACACAAAGCCAGCAACUCACAGAUCCAGUCAUGGGUGGCUCGACAACCAAAAAGCGCUCUCGUAGUACGAGCAGCGACUCUCUCGAUCAGGUCGAGGUUAACGGUUCAAAAGACGAAAAGCCAGGAAAGAAGAGUCUCUUUGAUGAAGGAGAUUCCUCUGACGACUCAAGUUCCGGCAGCGAUGACGACUCUGAGGAGGGAGGCGCAAAGCUAGAAGAGGCAUCGGGGUCAUUCAAGAUCAACGAGGAAUAUGCGAGGAGGUUUGAGCACAACAAGAAGCGGGAAGAACUUCAACGACUUGAAGAAAAGCACGGCCGAGCUCUCGCAAAUGAAGACGAUGAAGAGUCGGACUCUGAGGACGAAACAGAAGACGAGGAAGGAUUCCUGGCCACCGAGGACCUCGACGCCGAAAUCUCAGCUACCCUGCAAGCCCUCCGGAACAAAGACCCCAAGAUCUACGACAGCAAUGCGAAAUUCUACACGCCGAUAGAGGAGGCCACCGCAGCCGCAGCCGCCUCUAAAAAGUCCAAGGACAAACCCAUGACGCUCAAGGACUACCACCAAGAGAGAUACAUGAAGGGCGACGUUGGCGCAGACUUUGACGAGGACUCGAAAGCACCGCCGCCCCGGACAUAUGCACAGGAGCAAGAUGAUCUGAAAAAGGACUUCAUCAAAGAGGUCAAGGCCCUUGCGAAUGACGAUUCAGACGACGACAGCGACGGUGAGGACUUCCUGAAGCGCAAGUCCAAGCCCGACCAGUCAGCUACGUCAAACGGCGUGCACCCGUCCCGCGCUGCACAGGUUAAAACUGUCACCGAAGUCGAUGUGGCAAACGCGGACAAGGACCCAGAGCUGUUCCUCUCCAACUUCAUGGCCUCGAGGGCGUGGGCACCCCCAGAGGGAAAUCGGUGGGAGGCCUUUGAAUCGGAUGAAGAGGACGCCGACAACGCCAACAUGGCCGAGGAGUUUGAGAAUGCGUACAACAUGAGGUUCGAGGACCCCGAGAAGAGCAACGAGGUCUUGCAGUCGUACUCGCGAACGCUCGUCGCGGCCAAGACCGUCAGGAGGGAAGAGACCAAGGGCAGAAAGAGGCAGCGUGAGCUCGAGAAGGAGCGCAAGGAGGCGGAGAAGCAGGAGAGGCGGGAAGAGCGUGCGCGCCUAAAGCGGCUCAAGCUUGAGGAGGCGGAGGAAAAGCUCAAAAAGAUCAAAAAGGCUGCGGGCCUGCAUAACAAAACGCUCAAGGAGGAGCAGUGGGCGAAACUACUCGACGAUGCGUGGGACGACGACAAAUGGGAGUCCGAGAUGCAGAAGCAGUUUGGCGACGAUUACUAUGCAGAGGAGGAGAUUGGCGAUGUGAGCUCGGACGAGGAGGCCGACUCCUCAUCCAAAAAGCGCAAGCCGAAGAAGCCGAAAUGGGAUGACGAUAUCGACAUCAAGGACAUCGUUCCCGAUUUCGACGACUCGGUACCGCCCACAAUACGCCUAUCUGAUGAAGAAGACAACCAAGAUGCAGAGCAGGACGGCGCUGAGGAAGAGGUUGAUGGUGAGGACGACGACGAGGAAAACCCUUCCAAGAAGCGCAAGACAUCAAAAGACCACAAAAAGGACCGCAUCGCCGCGCAACGCGCCGCCCGCCAGGAGCGCGCCAAGCUCGAGGCCCUAGUGGAGCAAAAGAUGGAGCUCGACGACCCGACGGCGCUCGCCUCGUCGUCCAAGAAGCACAAGGCGACGGGCGGCGGGUUCCGGUAUCGCGAGACGUCACCCAACUCGUUCGGCCUGACGCCGCGCGACAUCCUGCUCGCGCCCUCGGACGCCGUCCUCAACGAGUAUGCCGGUCUCAAGAAGCUCGCCACCUUUCGCGACCCGGAAAAGAAGCGCAGAGACAAGAAGCGCCUCGGCAAGAAGGCGCGCCUCCGCCAGUGGCGCCGAGAGAACUUUGGCCGCGAGUUCGAGGAGAGUGGCCCCACGUUUGGGUUCGAUCGGGCCGUCGCUGCCGCAGAGGGCGGUGGUGGCGCCGUCGAGCACAAGAGGCACAAGGGCAAGGAUAAAGGAAAGGGCAAGGCCAAGGCUGAGGGUGAAGAUGGCGAGGAGAAGAAGAGCAAGAAGCGAAAGAGGUCCAAGGGGACCAAGACCGAGGCGUCGGAAUAAUUCUCUUUUAUGUUGUACAGGAUUCUUAACAGAAGCAGAUACCAAAUAUUUAGUCUUUUCAACAAAUUCGUAACCUCCUUAUGCAGAGCAAGCGAAAAUUCACCUCACCAGACAAAUGUGCGAGUAUAUCCAACCGCGUGCCAAGUUUUGGUAAGAAUCAAAAGGUUGCACGCUCGAUAUUUUCU